AUGGAGCAUGCUGAGAGUGGGAGGAUCGCGAAACGGGUAGUUGUUGUCGUUUCGCGCAAGAGCCGGUAUUGGGCUACGGCAUGGGCUUCCAGCGAGGGCUUAAUUGCCGUUGCAUUUCGACUUCUGCAAGUUGAGCGGCUGAUUCCAUCUGACGCCCAGAAUAACCCUUCAACAGUCACAUUUAUAGCGAAGGAGAGAUGGGACCUCCGAACAUAUCUUGUCUUCGACAUCUUUCACGAUACCUACAAUGCCGACGAGGCACACAUUCCGGGCCGGAACGAUCUGCCAGUUAUCUCGGUCUUCCUUGGGGAGAAGAAGGAGAGUGCAGGCAUCGCAGGCAGGCCUACGGCGAACAAAGUCAACACCGAUAUUAGAGCUCUUCACAACUCGACUGGCCCAGGGAGCAGGCCACCAUUUACUGUCGACCACAUCGACGGGCAAGUUCCGUUCUACCCCAACCCGCGAACAUCUUACGCAACCAGCACAUCGUAA